GUUAGUCGGUUCCCGCCUUGACCAUCAUAGGUGACAUGAAACGAGAACAAAUGUAUGGGUGAGUUUGAAAGUGUAGGUUGUGAUCAGAAACCAAUUUUUUUCUGUUUCCUUCAAAAACCGAUGCUUAAAAACGAAAGGGAUGGCAGCGGAACACCGACAAUCUGUUGGUGAAAUGGAGGCAGAUGCCCGAAUGCAAAUUCAACAAAUAAUUGAGGACCUCAACUUGGACAACCUGAACCUUACUGAACCUGGAAACACUUCUCUUGAUAAGAAAAUUGCUUUGCUGGAUGAAAUCUUUACAGAAUAUGUCAAAGGCGGAGAUAAUGAUAAAGCUGUUGAUGUGUCCCAAGCAAGGCUGGACAUGAUUGCUUUUUGCAAGCUUGCUACCAUCAAUCAUCAGAGGAUAAGGAGAGUUGCUGCCAGUAGUUGGACUUUCAGAGCCGCUGAUUUUGCCAACAGGAUUGUAAGAUUAAUGAACGUCGAAGAGAGCAGUCAGUCUGAAUCACUCAAUGAAACCACAAAGGUUAAAUUAGACAACAUGAUUCAACCUCAUUUCAAUCACUGUGUUCCUUUAAAACCUUUACUUGGUGCUCUUACAUUUACCAAUGUAGAGGCUGUUCGCAAAGAACCACGCCAACGACAACCCCGCACUCAAGAAAAAGUCGUUGCCCAGCAGUUGCAGCCAAAAAAGUUAACCGAAAUUUCGGAAGAAGAUCAAAACAGUAAAGUGGCUAAGCAUGUUGAGUAUAUCAUGUCUUGCUUGGUAAAAGAGUUCAAGGCGAACGACAGGAAACCUAUUUCUUUUUACCGUUUCGUUAUGGAUCCUACCUCAUUCUCCAAUUCGGUAGAGAACAUUUUCUACGUUAGUUUUUUAAUCAAAGAUGGUUUCGUCGCCAUUGACGAAGACGGUGAGAAUGGUUUGCCGUCAUUAAGUGUUGUAAAUAGAAGGCAUCGUGAAACUAUGUCUCAAACGUCAGUGAGCAAAAAACAACUGAUAUUGUCUCUAGACAAAGAGACGUGGCAGGCAAUCUGCAAAGGACUGCGUCUAACUAGCGCAGCCAUAGAUCCCAAGUCGAGAAAUACAACGUUCCAUAAGCGGCCUCGUCACGAAUAACAGCCUUAUUCCUUGUUCGCACAAAAAGCGUUCUUUCAUAAAUCGACUGCUCGUUUACCCUUCAAAAUGUAAAAAAAAAAAAAAAAAAAUUGUUUUGUGUUCCAAA